AUGAACGACAUCGCCGGUAAUCGCUUUGCCAGCGCAUCCACAAUCGGCCUUCACAAUGCUAGUCCACCUUCCAUAUCUAAACUCACCCUCGACCACGACACCCAAAACCGCGCCCGCAACAUUAAAGUCGAACUCGAGUCCAAUUCCUUCUUCCUCAAAAGAGUUAAACCCCGCGCCAUCCGCCGUAAAGUCGAAGACGACCCUGAGAACCGUCUCAUCGUGAAAUUGCGCACCGUGGACAAGAUGGGCUGGGGCGAUAUCGCGAACUGGCUGAACAACGAGCGUGUCAAGCGUGGUGAACCAGCGACUAUGACACAACCAGCUGUUUAUUCACGCUUCGUACGCAACGGCCCUAAGAUUGCUGCCACCAUGGGGGAUCUUGGCUUUGAUUCGAAAGACCACAUGCAUCUCCGCAAUCCGCGUAAAUAUCCGACCGCAGAGGGGGAUAAUGGUAUCUUCGACAGUAGCAGCCCGACGCCAUCUCACGACAGCUAUGAGACCCAAACUCCUCCGACAACUGCAAAGAGCAAGAAACGCCGUAUAUCUAGGGAGCUUGAGCGCGCACCGAAGAAGUCGAAGCUCGCACAAGAUUGCCAAGAAUUAGAGGCGACGGAUAUGACGCUUCACUUGUGGGAGGCUGUUGCGGAAGUUGAUGCGAAUAAAUGGAACUUUGUGUCGGAUGUGCUAGAGCGUAUGACUGGCAAGUUGAUAGAUCCAUUAGCUUGUGAGAGCAUGUUCAAAAAGACUUGGAAGAACUAG